CCUUGGUCGGCAGAUGGAAACAUGGCGGCGAUCAGUAAAUACUUGACAGCCAAGAACUCCUCUAUAGCAGGUGCCACAAUCGUUGCCUUGUAUCUUCUCAAGAGGAGAAGUCAUGCAGCCCAGUUAAAUGGGUAAGUUAAGUCUUGACAACUAUUUUGUAGCUAAAGUGACGACUAUCAUAACGCUAAGCUGAUGUAGCCAACAUUGGCUGGCUACUAGAAAGUCAGACAAGAAUAAGAUUUGUCACCGACUUGCAGUUUGACGAUGACAUUGAAUCAGAGUGUUCUGUUAUUUUAACAUACUAUUUUAGAUAUCUAGUAGUUUAUGGAGUUAAUUUUCUCUACUGACACCCGGUGGUGGGGUGUUGUCAUUGAAUUGCCUGCCUGCUAGCUGGUUGGUCAGAUUUCCAAGGACUAAAAGUAAUCAGAGUUUCCUACCAUGGCGUCAUCCAUAGACCCGUAGUGUUAUGUAACAGACUUCAUCCCUGUUUUCUGUUUAGGGGGAAAAGGUCAUCAGAACUACAGUUGAGCAAAGAUGUAAGUGCAUGUAGACAAGAAAUGUAACCAAGACUCUUACUGCACUUUUUGUUUAAAUUGCUCUCACCACACCAAUGGCCAAAAUCUUGGCAAGAAUGUCAAUAUCCACAGACUUUAGCCCCUGAUUAACAAGUAGGACUGAGUUGGUGAGAUUUAAAUUUGGGUUUAUUUAUCUGAUUAAUCUGUAAAUGUUUGGUAUGAUGUGAGGCAGGAUGCCAAGAAGGAAAAGACGGUGGUGGAUAAGGUGUUCUUUGCACGUGUCCUGAAGAUAGUGAAGAUCAUGGUUCCUGGAGUGUUCUGCAAAGAGGUAUUAACUUUUUUUAACAACCUUUUUACUUUGAAUGCACUCAAACAUUUUAAUCUUGAUUGGAAUAAUUUUUCACUUGCUGUAUGGACAUGUAUUGUGUAACAUCUCAACACAUCUCCCACUCCCUUGUGUUUUCCUAUUUCUGGUAAUCUAUCUGCCCACAGUCAGGAUACUGUCUCCUCAUCGCUGCCAUGCUGGUGGCCAGAACCUACUGUGAUGUGUGGAUGAUCCAGAAUGGAACCAUGAUCGAGAGGUAGGACUCCAUAGAAAACCCUAUUGCACACCAACACUUAAGUUCACACCAACGACACUUUCUGAAGCAACUUCAACAUAAAGUACUUGUUUAGCAUUAUUUGUCUUGUUCGACAGCUCGUAAUAAUCUCCUCUCAAUUCUUCUACAGUGGAAUCAUUAGCAGAGAUGUCAAUCUCUUUAAGAAGCAUUUUUAUUACUAUAUUGCUGUCAUACCAGGGGUAAACUAUUGUCCAUGCUAUAUUUGCAUGGCAAACUUUGGCCAAGCACUAAACCCCUAUAUAACACUGUGCUGCUUGUGGUGCCUGGUAGCAGAAUAUGAUUAAGUGCUUAUGAAUUCACUUGUGUAUUGUUGUUGCGCUUUAAUUGGAUUUGUGGACAUCACUGAUCUUGAAGGGUUGCAGGCCUGCACAUAUUUGAAAUUUUUUAUUUACCUUCUAGUCAGUUAUUCACGUAGUCCUGGUACAGUAGGUUAUUUUCUAGAGCGUGUUUCAUUUUGUGGUUGGGGUGGUAAAAGAUGGAUAAAGAAAUGAUAUCCCCGCAGCCCUACAGGACCAGACUGGCCCAAGUUAUGAAUGAGAUUAUUCUUAGUUUAUUUUGUGUCCAUUCCAUUUUGCAAUCCCCAUCCUGCUGUGUUCACCUCUCACAAGUGUAUUUUUCCACUGUUCAGUAAUUUAUCAGGAUACUGGUGAUAGCCUUUCGCAAGAUCCAGUGUCUCACUCUCACCCCAACUAGUUUGGUUAGUUUAAGGUGCUGAUAAUCCACAGAACAAACACCUCUGGUUUUAAAUGUAGAACGUAGGACCCCACUUUGGCCCUGUAUGUGUCAUUUUGUGUGUGUGUGUGUUCACUUUGUGCAUGUUGGUUUGCAGUGCAAUUAUUGGUCGUUCAACAAAAGAUUUCAAGAGGUUCUUGUUCAACUUGAUAAAAGUCAUGCCAUUUGUAAGUGCAACUUUCAUACAAUUUUUCUAACUCAUUUGUUUUCUUAAUUGUCUUUACCACCCGUGGAUAUUUAAAUAUAUAUAACGAUAUAACAUUAUAAUUUGUAAUUCUACACAUUACAGUAUAUUUGAUCAUGUGCUUAUGAUUCUACUGUAAAACAGGUAACCUCAUGAUUUGGGAAUGGUGGUUUAGGAUGGGGUUAGUAUUGUGCCCAUUAGGGAGAGAGUUUGUGUUUGUGUGUGUAAUUUAGGGGGAGUCUGUACUAAAACAAAGAUCCUGCCUGAUUACUAACAGACUGGUGAUCCCUGGCCUAUAGUCCUUUGAGUUUUUAUGAGGUGUUCAUGAUUCUUAUGAUUAUUUACUCAAUGCAUAAAUGCCAUUGGUUUGGUUUACUCACACUAUAAAAUGUAAUGCACUGCUUUUAAAUGAGACCACUAACGUUGCCAAUUUCCCUGUUUCAGAUCUCGCUAGUCAACAACUUCCUGAAGCUGGGCCUGAAUGAACUGAAGCUCUGCUGCCGGGUUCGACUCACAAAGCACCUCUAUGAUGAGUACCUGCAGUAAGUCCUUCUGAUGCCUGCUUCUUGCAGAAAACGAGUUUCUUUAAACAAGAGAGAACAUAUGUCUGUCUGCCAUUAGCUGGUGUCUUGUGAUAGACGUUAACAUUUAAACGUAACCCAAAUGGAGGAGUGGGCGAUUUGGUUCUGGGUAACGAGAUUAGCCUUUAGCAAUAGAGUUAUAUUGGAAGGAUUUUGCCUUGAUCCUCUCAAGUUUCCUAGCCCCAAUCCAAUAGUUACUUACAGUGUGUUGACCCCGUUACACUGAUGUAAGGAACAAUGACUUCAUAAGCUCAAAGUAAUAGAAAAUACAUAACACACCUGCCAAACCCUGUUUCAUGUUUUCACCACACCAUCCUCCCAUCCCCCAUCUCCUCUCUAGAGGUUACACAUACUAUAAGAUUGGUAACCUGGACAACCGCAUCGGUAACCCUGACCAGCUGCUGACCCAGGAUGUGGAGAGGUUCUGUAACAGUGUGGUAGACCUCUACUCCAAUGUCAGCAAGGUAAUCUGCACUUAAAUAGCCUGGUUAUACCAGACUGAAUGCUUCAGUCUUAUGAAACUAUGGUGAGUUUAGCAUUCAGUCUGGUUCAACCAGGCUACUAAAAAAUACCUCUGUUGUAGAGACAACCAAUGCUGCUCAAAGCCUGAUACAAUCUAAUGCUAUUGACAGUACACUGCACCUGUGAUGAUAAGUAUACUUAUGUUUUUCCACCUUCAGCCUUUAUUGGACAUUGGUCUGUACAUCUUCAAGUUGACCUCAGCCAUCGGGGCACAGGUGAGUCUUGCUCUUUCUAAUGUAGCCUUCUAUGCCGAUAUCCAGUUUCAAUUGAAAGCAUGAAAAUGAUAAUCCCCAAUGCAUCUACACAGUAGAAUAGAGUUUCUAAUGCCUCUACUCUACUCUACACGACUCUACAUAAAUCUCUCCCCAUCAGGGUCCUGCCUGUAUGAUAGGCUACCUGAUGUUCUCGGGGCUCAUCCUGACACGUCUGCGGAGGCCCAUCGGCAAGAUGACGGUGAUGGAGCAGAGAUACGAGGGAGAGUACCGAUUCGUCAACUCUCGCCUCAUCACCAACAGGUCAGUCAGGCGCACGUCUCUCCUUUCCACUGUUCCUCUUCUCUUCUCCUUUUUUGGACAAAUAAUGAUUCAUGUUCUUUUUCCACUGUGAAAAUAAAUGGUUGAAUGUUUUGUUUCCCACAGUGAAGAGAUUGCCUUCUACAAUGGAAACCUGAGGGAGAAGCAGACCAUUCACUCUACCUUCCAGAAACUGGUGAGAGGGUUUAGGACUUUAAAUGUAUCAGUGGCGGUAGUUGACUUACUAUGGGAUCAGAGAAGACUUACACUGCAGUGCAUAUACAGUGUCUUACAUCCUCUCCCUUUUACCCCUAGGUGGAUCAUUUGCACAAUUUCAUUGUCUUCCGCUUUUCAACGGGUUUCGUGGACAGCAUCAUUGCUAAAUGUGAGAAUACUUGUCUUGUCAUUGAUUCUAAGCUUGUAGUAUUAUCAUUUGCGUUAUUUAUAUAAUCUCCACUGAUAUGGUUUAGUAGAUGGCAGCGAUAAAUACUUGUUUUUCCCACCUCUAGAUAUUGCCACUGUUGUCGGGUACCUGGUGGUGAGCAGGCCGUUCCUGAACCAUACCCACCCACGCCACCUACACAGUACCCACGCUGAGCUGCUAGAGGUGAGGAAAGACAAAGGGAGUGUGUGUAUGUGUGUUCUGUAUGGUUCAGAGCCUAACUUCCCUCUGUUUCACAUCCAGGACUAUUACCAGAGUGGGCGUAUGUUGUUGAGCAUGUCUCAGGCCCUGGGCAGGAUCGUCCUGGCUGGCAGGGAGAUGAGCAGGCUCUCAGGGUCAGUCAUACACAAUGCUCUUAUCACACAACUGGUUUAUUGGUUCAAUGGUUUGGUGGUUCACGAGUAGCCUGAAUGCCCAUCUGUUUGCGCUAUCAUGCCAACUCCUUGUCAGUUGUUGCGAUAGAGUUCCAAUAUUUACAUAACCCUUGAGAUUGGAGGGUAGCUGUGGGGGUUAUCGAAUCAGGAUCCAAUUCUCUGUUCUCCUCGAGCUCAUUAAUGAUAGAAUGCUCAUUCAUAUUUGAAGAUUGCUGUGAGGCCAGACUGUUUGGCGUGACAAUGACAGAAAUUGAGUAAGCAAGAGCACAAACAGAUCUGGAAACAAUUGAAACAUUGUAGCAAUUGAACCAGUGAACCAAUUGGUGUGUAUUCAAUGGUUCAUUGGUUCGGUGGAUCAAUAGUUUACUGGUUAGCUGGUUCAUUGGUUCAAGGGUUCAGUAAAUCAAUGGUUUACUUGUUCAGAGUUUAUGGUUCACCAGUCAUAGGUCUCUCCACUUGUUCUUCUCUCCCUCUGUCUCCUGUCCCCUCCUCACUGACUCCCGCUGUCUCCUCCUCACUGACUCCCGCUGUCCCCUCCUCACUGACUCCCACUGUCCCCUCCUCACUGACUCCCACUGUCCCCUCCUCACUGACUCCCGCUGUCCCCUCCUCACUGACUCCCACUGUCCCCUCCUCACUGACUCCCGCUGUCCCCUCCUCACUGACUCCUGCUGUCCCCUCCUCACUGACUCCCGCUGUCCCCUCCUCACUGACUCCCGCUGUCCCCUCCUCACUGACUCCCGCUGUCCCCUCCUCACUGACUCCCGCUGUCCCCUCCUCACUGACUCCCGCUGUCCCCUCCUCACUGACUCCCGCUGUCCCCUCCUCACUGACUCCUGCUGUCCCCUCCUCACUGACUCCCACUGUCCCCUCCUCACUGACUCCUGCUGUUCCCUCCUCACUGACUCUCGCUGUCCCCCUACAGGUUCACUGCUCGCAUCACCGAGAUCAUGAAGGUACUGAAAGAGCUGAACUCUGGGAAAUACGAGAGGACCAUGGUCUCUCAGCAGGGAGGCAGAGGUGACUGCAUGUUCCCUGAUAAUGUAUUGAUGAUAUUGUUGUUGUUGUUGUUGGAUAGUAGUCUCAUGUGGUAGUAGUGUCAUGCAGGAAAAUGAAAACAUAUUACUAGUUUAAGUGCAAGAUGAUUGCUUUAGUGGGGUUUUUUUUGUCAUACAUUUUCAGAUAGUGAAUCGCAAGAUAGAAUCACCCUGGUCCCAGGAAGUGGUGAAAUCAUCAACAAAGACAAGAUCAUCAAGUAGGUGUCUAACAAAUACAUGUAUUAUAGCAGUACAAUAAACAAGAUGAAAUGGUUCAUAAAGUAGGCAUCACCUGGUUUGACAUUAUUUUACUUGUGUCUCAGGUUUGAGCAUACACCUCUUGCAACGCCUAAUGGGGACAUUCUUAUCAAAGACCUCAGCUUUGAGGUGAGUAUCUCGAAGGAUCAACUCCGUACUGAACCAUUUGAUACAAUUCAUAAAAUCUAAAGACUUGUGAUGAUGGUUGAGGGACUGUUUUCAUCUGUAAGUGCAGACAGCUGAACUGUGCCUUCCCUUCAUCUGCUAAUCUAAGGUGACGUCAGGGACAAACGUCUUGGUGUGUGGCCCCAACGGCUGUGGGAAGAGCUCACUCUUCAGAGUCCUGGGAGAGGUAAGAGAGAUCAAGAAUUUACGAAAAAGCCUGUUAUGUUGCUUUAGCGUUAAAGUUUUCCACUCAUGGGUAAUAAUGGAUGUGUCUGUCUCUCAGCUCUGGCCUCUGUUUGGUGGCCGUCUCACAAAACCUGAGAGAGGGAAGCUCUUCUACGUUCCCCAGAGACCAUACAUGACCCUAGGCUCUCUGAGGGAUCAGGUGAUCUAUCCAGAUACAGUGGAGGACCAGAGGAGGAAGGGGACCUCUGAUAAGGUAGUCUAGCUAGCCAAUUACAUCUCUUUACUAGGCCAUAUCCAAUCACUGCAGCUCUUUACCGGACCAUAUAUCCCUGCUAUUCCCAUACUGGGGUACGUACCCCUGGCUGUCGUGGGUACGCCAAAUAAAAAUGUGAUUCACAUUUUCAAACAGUCCAUUUAGAUUUUCCAACGGGGCUAUACAUUUGGGUGAUGUUUUUUUCUCUCGCCUGAGUAGCCUUGUUUCACUGCCAAAAAUAAAAUUAAACCAUCUAGUGUUCAGCGAAAUAACAACACAAUGUCAAAUACAGGUAGUCUAGUCAAAUAAUUAACAUCCAAUCACAUUAACCGUUACUCUCUCGCGGGAAUUCCACUAACGGUGGUUCUCUGUAGCUCAACUGGUAGAGCACGGUGCUUGUAAUGCCAGGGUAGUGGGUUCGAUCCCCGGGACCACCCAUACACAAAAAAUUUAUGCACGCAUGACUGUAAGUCGCUUUGGAUAAAAGCGUCUGCUAAAUGGCAUAUUAUUUUAUUAUUAUUUACUCUCCGCAACUACAGUCGUGGUCAGAAGUUUUGAGAAUGACACAAGUAUUGGUCUUCACAAAGUUUGCUGCUUCAGUGUUUUUAGAUAUUUUUGUCAGAUGUUACUAUGGUAUACUGAAGUAUAAUUACAAGCAUUCCAUAAGUGUCAAAGGCUUUUAUUGACAAUUACAUUAAGUUUAUGCAAAGAGUCAAUAUUUGCAGUGUUGACCCUUCUUUUUCAAGACCUCUGCAAUCCGCCCUGGCAUGCUGUCAAUUAACUUCUGGGCCACAUCCUGACUGAUGGCAGCCCCUUCUUGUAUAAUCAAUGCUUUGAGUUUGUUAGAAUUUGUGGGUUUUUGUUUGUCCACCCGCCUCUUGAGGAUCGACCACAAGUUCUCAAUGGGAUUAAGGUCUGGGGAGUUUCCUGGCCAUGGACCCAAAAUGUCGAUGUUUUGUUCCCCGAGCCACUUAGUUAUCACUUUUGCCUUGUGGCAAGGUGCUCCAUCAUACUGGAAAAGGCAUUGGUCGUCACCAAACUGUUCUUGGAUGGUUGGGAGAAGUUGCUCUUGGAGGAUGUGUUGGUACCAUUCUUUAUUCAUGGCUGUGUUCUUAGGCAAAAUUGUGAGUGAGCCCACUCCCUUGGCUGAGAAGCAACCCCACACAUGAAUGGUCUCAGGAUGCUUUACUGUUGGCAUGACACAGGACUGAUGGUAGCGCUCACCUUGUCUUCUCCGGACAAGCUUUUUUCCGGAUGUCCCAAACAAUCGGAAAGGGGAUUCAUCAGAGAAAAUGACUUUACCCCAGUCCUCUGCAGUCCAAUCCCUGUACCUUUUGCAGAAUAUCUGUCUGUCCCUGAUGUUUUUCCUGGAGAGAAGUGGCUUCCUCGCUGCCCUUCUUGACACCAGGCCAUCCUCCAAAAGUCUUCGCCUCACUGUGCGUGCAGAUGCACUCACACCUGCCUGCUGCCAUUCCUGAGCAAGCUCUGCACUGGUGGUGCCCCGAUCCCGCAGCUGAAUCAACUUGAGGAGACGGUCCUGGCGCUAGCUGGACUUUCUUGGGCGCCCUGAAGCCUUCUUCACAACAAUUGAACCUCUCUCCUUGAAGUUCUUGAUGAUCCAAUAAAUGGUUGAUUUAGGUGCAAUCUUACUAGCAGCAAUAUCCUUGCAUGUGAAGCCCUUUUUGUGCAAAGCAAUGAUGAUGGCACGUGUUCCCUUGCAGGUAACCAUGGUUAACAGAGGAAGAACAAUGAUUUCAAGCACCACCCUCCUUUUAAAGCUUCCAGUCUGUUAUUCUAACUCAAUCAGCAUGACAGAGUGAUCUCCAGCCUUGUCCUCGUCAACACUCUCACCUGUGUUAACGAGAGAAUCACUGACAUGAUGUCAGCUGGUCCUUUUGUGGCAGGGCGGAAAUGCAGUGGAAAUGUUUUUUGGGGAUUAAGUUCAUUUUCAUGGCAAAGAGGGACUUUGCAAUUAAUUGCAAUUCAUCUGAUCACUCUUCAUAACAUUCUGGAGUAUAUGCAAAUUGCCAUCAUAAAAACUGAGGCAGCAGACUUUGUGAAAAUUAAUAUUUGUGUCAUUCUCAAAACUUUUGACCACGACUGUAUAUUCAAUGUGCGGGACAAAAUUGAGGCUAUUAUUAAGAAGUUGGAGCUCUUCUCUGUCUGCAUUAUCAAGGACAACACACAGGUCUUUCCAUCAUUGUAUGUAUUUUUGUGUGUAAAUGAACUCAAGCUUACGGACAAUGUCAAAUGUGAUAUAGCAAAGCACCUGAGUGAGCUGGGUGCGCAAUUACGCAGGUACUUUCCCGAAACGGACGACACAAACAACUGGAUUCGUUAUCCCUUUCAUUCCCUGUCUCCAGUCCACUUACAGAUAUCUGAACAAGAGAGCCUCAUCGAAAUUGCAACAAGCUGUCCUGGGAAAAUUUAAUCAGAAGCCACUGCCAGAUUUCUGUAUAGGGCUGCGCUCAGAGUAUCCUGCCUUGGCAAAUCGCGCUGUUAAGACAUUGAUGCCCUUUGCAACCACGUACCUAUGUGAGAGUGGAUUCUCGGCCCUCACUAGCAUGAAAACUAAAUACAGGCACAGACUGUGUGUGGAAAAUGAUUUAAGACUGAGACUCUCUCCAAUACAACCAUUGCAGGGUUAUGUGCAUCCUUUCAAGCACACCCUUCUCAUUAACCUGUGGUGUUAUUCACAAUUUUUGAUGAACAAAUAAGGUUUUAUAUGUAAGAUGGCUAAAUAAAGAGCAAAAUGAUUAAUUAUUAUUAUUUGUGCCCUGGUCCUAUAAAAACAACAUUUGAGAGUGCGCUGACCCUAGUGCUAGAGGGGGUACGCAGCUGGAGGUUGAAUGUUUGAAGGGGUAGGGGAUUAUAUAAAGUUAUAUAAAAUAUCCAAUCACAUCUGCUCUUCACUGUACCAAUAUAUUGUAAGGCCCCUCAAAUAGAACAGUCAUACAUGGCCUCUGUCAGUAGGGUGUGGUAUGUCAGAGCACACACGCACACAUGCACAGAGACACACUUGUACGUACACACACCAGCACACCACACUCCUUGAGCAAACAGCACGCAUAGCUUUGUGUCUGUGUGUAUGUGUGUGCACAUCUCUGUGACUGUGUGUUUGUGUAAUGGUGUUUAUGUGUUGUGCUGGAGAACAGGUGCUGAAGGAGUACCUGGACAACGUCCAGCUAGGUCACAUCCUGGAGCGGGAGGGCGGCUGGAACACGGUCCAGGACUGGAUGGACGUCCUCAGUGGAGGAGAGAAACAGAGGAUGGCUGUAAGUCAAAAGAAAAGAACAGAGCCUGUCAUUCUUUUUUGUCUCUUCACAGUUUAUUUUGUCUUAUGAUGACUUGAGUCCAUUUUACAAGCACAUUGGGUUAUAGAAUGUGUGAAGGGAGCUUUUCAUUGAUCGCUGUCUCUCUCUCUCGGUCUCUCUCUCUCUCUCUCUCUCUCUGUGUGGUUUUUAGAUGGCCCGUCUGUUCUACCAUAAGCCCCAGUUUGCCAUCCUGGAUGAGUGCACCAGUGCUGUUAGUGUAGAUGUGGAGGACUUCAUCUACAGCCACUGUAGGACGGUAAGAUACAACACCGUAGACUAUUAUUCAGAUGAUAAAUUAUUAGGUCAUUUGUCAAUAUAUUGAUGAUUAUUUAAAAAAUAUAUAUUAUUUAUGUAGAUCUUGUGAAAAAGGAAUGAAAAGGAACCAGGGAAACUGAUGCAUGGUUACAGGAUGCUGAGAAAGUGGAUUCCGAGCUUAUGGGAUGUCAUAUUUACCUUUCCUCAGGUGGGCAUUACGCUGUUCACGGUUUCUCACAGGAAGUCUUUGUGGAAGCACCAUGAGGUAAGAGCUUUCAUACUGAAUGAUGACACAUGAAAUGACUGCAUAUAAUAACAAUAAAAUGCAGGUGAAUACCAGAACCCUGUUAUUUUUUCAUUUUUUUUAAAUGCAAAGAGCAUUUUCUUUUAUCACCUAUUUGCUUGGAACAUACUGUUCAAAUUGUAACCAGUGGUUUCUGUCUUCUCCAGUACUACCUGCACAUGGACGGAAGGGGGAGCUAUGAGUUCAAACCCAUCACCCAGGAAACGGUGGAAUUUGGGUCAUAA